AUGGUUAUUAGAAGGGAAAACUUGCUUGGUGAUGAUAUCGAGACGAGAGUCGAGACAGUGUAUGAUGAUCUCGGCGAUGCCAACACGGUCUGCAUGAACGGAGGUUGGGUCGGAUUCAAGACAUUGCAUGCAAAUGGUCGGAACUUGUCCUUCUCGGCGCAAAUCGGAGAGAUCACGAGCAGAGCUAACAGGAGAAACUUGAUCAUUAUCGUCAUUAUGCGAAAAUAUGGGACUGGGAAUGUGGUUGGUCACGAGUUUAUCUAUCCUUCUCAAAAGGAGCUAUUAUUGAAACAUUUGCAAAGCACUGGAAUUGGAGCCUCCUUCACGGUUGCAAACGUCAAAAUAGUGAAAACCUAA